AUGGCUGGCCUUUCGCCCGUUGAGAUCGGGCAGCUGGCGCAAGCGGCCACACAAGCUGCUCAAGCAGCAGCGGACGCAGCUGCGGCAUUGCGAGCAAGUCAGGAGAGACCCCAGCAAAAAUUCACUGAAGCGAGCAAGGUUGUUCGGCAGCCGGAUCCUUUUGGGAGUGAUUCUGGGGAUAGUGACAGUGAAACUUCCAAAUUCGCUGAAUUUGCCGCAAACUUCAAAGCUUGGCUUUUCUAUAGUGACAUUCGCUUUGAAGGUGACUUUCAACGCAUUGAAGGGAACAUUCAGAACUCCAUUGAAGUUGGUGGCGAAUCGCCUGAGGUUCAGGUGAGAUGCAGGCAACUGUAUUCAAUUCUGACAGGCCUUCUUCGAGGAAAACCACUUCGCAUGAUACUGCAGAUUAGUGAGCGCAACGGCUUUGAAGCCUGGCGCCAGUUGAGCCAGCUCUACAAGCCGAGGACAAAGAGUCGGUCAAUUUCUUUGCUGUCAGCAUUGAUGAACCUCCCUCCUUUCACGAAAGACCGAACUUUGCUGGAACAGGUCUUAGGGCUUGAGCGCCUUCGAGAUGAAUACAGACGUUCAAGCGGUGCUGAAGUUCCAGAUGACUUGAUGCUGUCAGUCCUUGUGAAAUGUCUUCCUGGACACAUCCGCCAACACAUCCAACUGCAGCUUACGGAGACGAGCACUUAUGCUGAGACGAGACGAGCUGUUGUCGGUUAUGAGUCCGUGACCGCCUCGUGGGCAGUUCGUUUGCUCUCCAUUGAAGAGCUUGCAGACAACGACUUCGAUGAAUACGAAGUGUUCGACUUGACGGUGUAUGACACGUUCGAGGGAUCGUGUAAGCCCAUUGGGGUUCAUGACGUGCGGAUUGCAGAGCUCCGGUUUGGAUCAGUGGCAUUUCGCGAGAGAUUUGUCAUUGCAAAUGUCACUGCUCCCUUGAUUUCGACGGGUAGGAUGGAAUUAGUGAGCCAGACUAUUUUUGCCUUGAGGAAUUUUUCAGCGCAACAUGUGGACACGACCCUCUGUCCUGCAGAAGGUUUGUGGCUUCGAACCACCUUGGUGAAGCUCAUUGACGGAGAGUGGAUUUUGGACGAGUUUGGUGAAAGCGUCAGUGAUCUAGAAUCUUUGACAACUCCAAUUGUGGCCCCAAGAGCCAUUGCGGAAGUCAUCACUAUUGCCCAUGCUGAACUCUUGCCUCCAGAAGACCUUGGUUUUGACUUGAGUGACGAUCACUUUGGUGUGUUGAAACGUGCUGCACCUCCCCGUCCUGCGGACGUCCCUGCUGCCCCAGGUGACGCAGAGGUUCCCGCUCGCGAACGUGAUGACAGCGCGGACCCCAGAGAAGUCAUUGUGAAUGGCAUGAGAUUGGACACCAACAGUCCUUUGCGGGUUCUUCGUGACGCUUGCCAGCACCUGGGACUCUCAACCAGAGGAAACAAGUUGACCUGCCUCCAGCGUAUGUGGCAACACCUACAAGCACAAGAACUGAUUUCUGCAAGUGCAGCUGAGCGCAACCUGAAGGAUGAAACCCAACGCUCUGCAAAUGCGCAGCCUCAACCCAAGGCUGGACGAGAAAUCGUUUCGCAGUUCAACAAGGUAAAGGGAAGUCCAAGGUGGUGCAAGGGCAUUUGGCUAGGCAAGACCUUGAACAAUGAUGUCCAUAUUAUUGGUGUUGGGGAGAAAGUUUUUGUCAAAAGAAGUGUUCGCAGACUCGAUCCACCUUUCAACUCUGAUGUGAUUGCUGGAUUUGAGAGCUAUCCAUGGGACUACGGAUAUGCCUCUUUGGGUGCUCAACUUGUUCUGGCCAAGAGAAUUGUUCCUCCAACUCCUUUUCCUGCCAUCAGUGUGAGAGACCCCGGCCGGCCACCGCCACGCGAUCUAGAUGCUGAGGCUGUCAUGAAUGUUCCUCCAACUCCGGAUGAGGCCCCGCCAGGAAACCCAGCAGGAUACCCAGCUCCAAAAGGUGCACCUGUGACACCACCACUUGUUGUUCCUGAUGACGUGCCUCGACCUGAAGCCCCUGAUGUAGCAAUGCCGGCUCAGGCGGGGCAACGACCGCCUAUGAUGCCUCCACCAGCUUCUGCUGUCAUGGUGCCUCGAAUGAUGCCUCCACCAGCUUCUGCAGUCAUGGUGCCUCGAGCUUCUUCAGGAACACGUGAGCGCGACGCUUCAGCCUUGGAAACGGAACCUCCUAGCAAAGCGCCGCGCGUGCCCCCAAGCAAAGCACCACGGCUGUUCCAAGAUCGAAAUGUUCUAGAGCAUGAGGACGAAGUAGUUUCCUUUGAGUUUGAACAUGAAGAAGUUGAACUUUUGGAAGAGUACGAAUUUGAAUUGCAAGAAAAUGUCGAAGUGCUAGCUGAUGCAGAAAAAGAAGUGCUCUCGUCGAGCGAGGUUGAAGCAGCCUUGGACCAGUUGUGUGUGCCAUAUACUCCGUUGGAGCCCGAGCUUGAUGAACCUUCCCUUUUGGCAUUGGACGCCCUGGCAGAUAAGGUUGAAAUGGCACGCCUGAAAGGUCUUGGAGUGCUUCUGCCUCUUUCUGAGUUGGAUACCUCAGUGACCCCAAAGACUCUGACCACUCGUUUUGUCAGGGCGUGGAGGGAUAAGAAGAGGAAUGGUGCGCAUGUGUGGUUGCGUCGUUCGCGCUAUGUGGCGCGUGAAUAUGCUUGGCUGACUCCAGAGCGUGAAGAUUUGUUUUCGCCUGCAUCAAGUUCACUGACCACUCGUUUGUUGCCAAUCUUGUUCUUGAAGCUUCGUUUGCAAGGGUUUGUUCUAGCGGCAAUAGAUGUGGCAGAUGCUUUCCUGACCGUUGAGCAGUAA